AUGCCUCGCCGUGAAGAAUCCCCCGCGGAGUCGGAGAACGAGUUCGAUAUCACGAGUGCCCUGUUUGAGCACGACAGCGACUCCGACGAUGGCGAAAAGCCCCCUCAGAAGAAAAACCAAACUCAGAAGCCCGUGCCAGAAGAUCUCGAUUUCCUAGGCGAAGAUGAUGGUGAUGCGGCAUUUAUUGCCAAUCGACAGGCGUCUGCCAACCGAAAGGGCUCCAACCUCAAGGGUCGUACAGUCAAAAAGGGUGGUGGUUUCCAGGCAAUGGGUCUCAGCGGGUUCCUGUUGAAGGCCAUUGCCCGCAAAGGAUUCUCGGUGCCCACGCCCAUUCAGCGAAAGACCAUCCCCGUGAUUAUGGAUGACAAGGAUGUCGUCGGUAUGGCUCGAACUGGUUCCGGAAAGACAGCCUCGUUCGUCAUCCCCAUGAUCGAAAAACUCAAGAGCCACAGCACGGCGUUCGGUGCCCGUGCUCUAAUCAUGUCUCCAUCCCGUGAAUUGGCCCUGCAGACCAUGAAGGUCGUCAAAGAAAUGGGCAAGGGCACGAACUUGACCUCAGUGCUCAUCAUUGGUGGUGACAGCUUGGAAGACCAGUUUGGAAUGAUGGCCAACAACCCCGAUAUCGUGAUCGCAACACCCGGUCGAUUCUUGCACUUGAAGGUUGAGAUGGAGAUGGAUUUGUCCAGUAUCAAGUACGUCGUCUUCGACGAGGCUGAUCGACUGUUUGAAAUGGGUUUCGCCGCCCAGUUGACUGAGAUUUUGCACGGCCUGCCCUCUACGCGUCAGACCCUCCUCUUCUCCGCUACACUGCCCAAAUCGCUCGUCGAAUUCGCCCGUGCCGGUCUUCAGGAGCCGAGUUUGAUUCGUCUGGACACCGAGAACAAGGUUUCUCCUGACCUACAGAACGCCUUCUUCGGAGUCAAAUCCUCUGACAAGGAGGGUGCCUUGCUACACAUUCUGCACGAUAUCAUCAAGAUGCCUGUUGGCGAGACCGACAUUGGUAUGAGAAUUCGACAGGAGGCGGAAAACCCGUCAAAGAAGCGCAAGAGAUCUGACAUCCGUCGCCCGAGCGGCUUCAAGGAGUCUCCCACGGCACACUCCACCAUCGUGUUUGCUGCAACUAAACACCACGUCGACUACCUCUACGCUCUCCUUGUUGAGGCAGGAUUUGCCACAUCUUACGCCUAUGGUUCCCUGGAUCAGACCGCACGUAACCAGCACGUCCAAAACUUCCGAUCCGGCAUCUCAAAUAUUCUGGUUGUCACUGACGUGGCCGCCCGUGGUAUUGAUAUUCCAGUUCUUGCCAACGUCAUUAAUUACGAUUUCCCCUCACAGCCCAAGAUCUUCAUCCAUCGUGUGGGUCGUACUGCUCGUGCUGGUCAAAAGGGUUGGAGUUACAGUCUUGUCCGGGACAAGGACUGCCCUUACCUUCUUGACCUCCAGCUUUUCCUCGGACGCAGACUGGUCAUCGGUCGCCAGUACGGUACCGAACUUAACUAUGCUGAGGAUGUUGUUGUAGGCACACUUCCCCGCGAAGCCAUUUCUCGGUCCUGUGAGUGGGUGCAAAAGGUCCUCGAUGAUGAUAUGGAUAUCUUCGGUCAGAAGCAGGUGUCGCAGAAAGGAGAAAAGCUGUACCUGCGCACUCGUAACUCGGCAUCAGCAGAGAGUGCCAAACGAUCCAAGGAAGUCGUUGCUUCCGAGCACUGGUCUGAAAUUCACCCGAUCUUCAACGACGCCGCCAGUGCCCUCGAAGUGGAGCGCGAGAACAUGCUGGCACGCAUUGGAGGUUAUCGACCACAAGAAACCAUCUUUGAAGCCAACAACCGACGAGGUGGCAAGGUCGCCGAUAACGAGGCUGUGGACACGAUUCGGCGCCUCCGCACCGGCGUUGAGAACAGAAGAAAGCGCGCAGAUGCCAAGGCCGAAGCCGAGCUGGCUGCUCUUGGAAUGCCCACUGGCGAGGAUGGUCAGCAGAAGCCGGAUGACGAGGAUGUUCCCGACCAGCCCGGCGACAACAUGUCCGAGGCCUCUGAUGAUGAGCUUGAAGUCACGUUCUCCUCCUACAACGCCAACAAGGGCAACCAGGGCGAGCGAUCAGAGCCCGCUGCGGCCUUCCAGAACCCCGAUUACUUUAUGGGAUACAAACCUCAGAACAACGACAUGGCCGAGGACAAGGCUUACGGUGUGCACUCCGGCACGAACUCGAACUUUGCUUCCGACUCACGCAACGCGACCAUGGACCUGAACGGCGACGAGGGCAAGCGUGGCUUCGGUGAAGCACGGUCCAUCAUGCGUUGGGAUAAGCGCCAUAAGAAAUACGUUGCCCGCCAGAACGACGAGGAUGGAUCCAAGGGUGACCGCCUCGUCCGCGGUGAGAGCGGAGCCAAGAUCGCGGCCAGCUUCCGCAGUGGGCGCUUCCAGGCCUGGAAGAAGGGCAAGCGCGUUGAGCGCAUGCCCCGUGUUGGCGAGGCCGAGACGCCGGCCAUGAAUAAUGUGAACUCCCGCAUGGCGACUGGUCGAUUCCGCCACAACCAAGACCGGGCGCCCAAGCGCGCCGAUCCUCUGCGUGGGGAUUACGACAAGAUGAAGAAGAAGAACGAUGCGGCUCGUGAGCGCCAGCACGACAAGAUGGGUGGUGCGGCGUACGGUGGCAAGAGUGAGCUGCGGUCUACCGACGAUAUUCGCAAGGCGCGCAAGCAGCAGCAGCAGCGUCGCGACAAGAACGCGCGGCCGUCGAAGAAGAGACGGUGA